AUGCAGCCAACUAACAAGAAAUACGUUAUUGUUGACGUCCUACAGGAAAAACAACUUAUGAUAGCAUCAAAGAACUGGAUAGUUGGCAAUGACCUUUGCGUUCUUCCGAACGAGCUGGUCGAUAUACACCUGCAGAAGUGCGACCAACCGAAUGAAAAUUGGUCGCUUAUGAAAUGUAAAGUGAUUCACGAAUUAGAUUCUCUGCAGUCAGCAAAAGACCUGUUAGCUGCCCUACAGGUACUGGAAUGUCGAAGGAAAAACACCUCUACGGAUGAAAACACUUUGCCACUGAACACUGAGAAGCCAAAGAGAGGUUUAAUGAAGCGUAAAGAAGAUUUUCUUUACAAUUCAGUUGACAUGGAUGUGGCUGAAAUGCAGGCUGGGAAUAGCCGCGUACAAUAUCCAAAAUUCCGUGUUUUCAACAAAGUGAUAUCGCCAAUCGCCAAUUCAACACAAUUAGAGAUAUCACCAUCCACAUCGCAAUGUAAGCCUGUUGGUGGCACUGUAUUGGACCAAUUGUAUACGGUGGUGCUGAAGAUGUCGUCAGCUAUCACUGACUUGACUCAAACGAUUAACAACAUGUCGUCCGCCAUUACGAACUUGAAUGUUAAUGUUAACCAAUUGCUUUCAAAGUCUAAUGAGCGCGAAAGACCGCAUGAAUUCGAUUGCGGACUGUCAAGUCAGGAGUUCCCUUUGUCAUCUGAAGAGGAACUACAGAUGCUAGACACUGGUUUGUCGCAGAAAGAAACCAGGGACAGAUUUAUGGCAAUGGUCACUAGGUUAUCAGGUGACGAUCCAAAAACGUCCAUGCGUUUUAUUCUGUCGCAUCUGCUGACACCGGAGGUUGCCAGUAAAUUCACGUCAACAAUACUGACGAACAUAACCAAUUCACAGGACGACUACCCCAAUUUAUUUGUAACUGUACGCUACCCAUUGGUUUGCGUCGAUUCGCGCUCGUUCCAUAGUUGGAUAUUGUCGAUCCCAUUUAUUAUUAAAUUGUAA